AUGGCCGAAGAAGGAUUGGAAUUCGAAUACCAGAAGAAAUUCCAGGGAAUUGAAUUCCGGGACAUGCACGACUUGAUCAACAAUGUGGAUAGAUACGCAUCCUUGUUAAAAGAAGAGGUGCAGAAGAGGACGACUUCAAAAGGGACUUGCUAUUGGAAUCCCAUUGUCAGCUAUGCUGAAGUAGACGGCCCCACAGAGGUCGAGAGCGACGAAGUUGAGAUGAGAUUGGCCGAAGUUAGCAUAGACAAACCAUUCGUCUGCAAAGGACUUGUCAAGGCCGGCAAUAAUCGCACAAAGAUUCCUGACGCCAAGUUCGCGACUCUGGAAACGAAGGCCUACACUUUUGAUUUGACCAGGGCCGAAGCUAUCUUUGAACCUACUGUUGACCGAGAAAAAGGUCAAAUUGUCCUUCGGCCAUAA